AUGAGUUUAUUUGAAUCAUAUGAAGAGGAAAUUAAAGUAUCCUUUAAACAAUUUGAACAAAUUGCAGCAGGAUUUCCAAAAUUAUUACCAGAACAAAAACAACCAGAAUUAGAUAAAUUAGAAAAUUUAUUAUCAACGAUUGAAGGUAAUUUAUCAAGUUUAAAUUUAGAAUCAAAUCGAACAGGUAAAUCGACACAACAAUAUUUUACACAAUUUUAUGGGGCAAAGAGAACCUAUCAACAAUUUAGAGAUAAAUAUCAAGAUGAAAAGAAUUAUGCAGAUUUAAUACCUUCACAAUAUCACGAUUUUAAUACAACAGGAUCACAAAAUCAACGUGAUCGUGUAGUUAGAGGCAAUAAAACAUUAGAGAAUGGCAUUCAAAUGAUUAGAAUGGCAAACGAUCAAGUUAGAGAGGAUAAGAAAACAGCAGAAUCCACAUUGGAACAAUUGGCAACUCAAAAAGAGCGUUUAAUAGGUUUCGAAAAGAAAUUCGAUUCAAUCGAUGGUUAUUUAGAUAAAGCAAAGAAAACAAUUGGUCAAAUGUCAAGAAGGGCAAUGGCAAAUAAAUUCAUUAUGGCUGGUAUAAUUUUCAUCUUAUUAAUUGCAAUUGGUUUAAUCAUUUGGUUGAAAUUCGUUAGAACUGGUGAUUCAAAUAAUAAUAGUAGUAGUAGUAGUAGUUUUGAAACUACUACCACUACCUCCACCACUGGUACUACUUCAACAACUUCUUCUACUUCCACUACUACUGGUACUACUACUUCAGAUCCUGCAACUGGUUCAUCAACUACUACCAGUGAUACAAAAAUAUAA